GUACGUCAUAGUCACGUGGUAAGAUUUGAACUCAAACCUGCACUCGCGCAACAACGCUGCUGUUAGCAAGCAACAUUUCGGAUAUAUUAUUCAAGCGGACUGCGACGAAACAGGACUAUUUGAUGACUUUCGGAGGUAACAUCGCUCAGGAUGGCUUUAGGGUUUGAAAAAUCGAAUUGCUUGAAGAUGGAUGAACUGUCGCCUCACGUUUGGAGCACUCCAGGCAUCCCACUGGAGACUGCGGCCCCGUCCCAGAGGAGCCAGGCUCCGGAGGAACUCGCGUCCCAGCAGGAGGGUGACGUGCAGAUCAUGUACUGUAAAGAUCAGGUGUAUCAGGGAGAUGCAGAGUUCAGUCUGGAAGAGCUCCGAGCGCAGCGCUACUACAAAGCAUUGAGCGAAAAGGCCUCGCACCUGAACAAACUAAAGCAGGACCUGCAGCUUCAGAUUGAGCAGAAAAAGAGACUCAUUCAGCAAAGAAACGGCACAGCAGAGAAACAGCAGAUUGUUCAUGAGGAGGCCAGUUCUUCCUUCCAGAAAUCUUCAGGUUCAUGUGAAUCUGCCGCUGCUGUGGUGAAAUCGGCUCCGUUCAGCAUAUACAGUGAGCAGGAGGAAGGCUGUGUGGUGAGCAGUAAAAGUUCAGUGAGGCGAGAGGAUGACAUGAAUCACAAUGGAAGCGACGCUAAACUGCAGAAAACAGCAAAACCUUUCAGUGUUUUUGAUGAGAAUACAUUGACAAAUAAAACAUCCUCUUCGGCGAACCGUAAAUCUCUGAAGCUGCCCACCUUGAGUCUGAAAGGGCCAAAGCCAAAAGCAGAGCGCUCUACUGACAAAGACGCGUCCAUCUCUCGCUCUGAGGAAGCCAUCAUCAACGGCCACUGGAAUAAGACUCUGUGCCGGAGUCCAGACGACACGUGUGAAUUCGCCCGUGCCGCCCAGCUCGCCUCCACUCCGUUUGCAGGAGUCGAGAGGCCAAAAGCGUCCGAAUCGGGCCUGAUGGAGAAUCUGAGCCGAACGGUUCCAGAAUCCAGUAAAGCAACGAACUCUAACGCGAGCGCCGAGGAGAAAAAGCUCAGUCCUAUCCUAGAGAUCAGUCAGGAGUCUUCCUUCGCCACCUUUACCCAGGAUCCCAUGAAGCGCUGUAAUGAGCCUGAGAUCAGCCGCGCCGUGGAGAGGCCGGAGACGCUGCUGGAGGAAGUCACUGAAUCGGAGGACGUCUGCGGUCUGGACGUCAGAUCCAGGUUGUAUCAUCAGGCAGACGUGACGUCAUUCUCCAACUUCCAGCAGAAAACCGGCCGUGUGCCGGACGCCAGCGGGGUCGAUGACCUGCGUCUCGAUGGAGAGAUGCUGGUUUACCGCGGUAAGUUGGAGACGCUGAAGGACUUCACUCUGUACUCGUCUGGAACCGCUGCUGUCUUUCUGAAGGUGGACUGGUCUGCAGUGCCGUGGGAUUUCUUCAUCAUCUCGCAGCUCCGAGCUCGACGGUCACGUGACGAGCCGGAGCGAGACGUCCAGAUCUGCUGUAAUGUGUUUGAGAACGGCUGCAUGACUCUCUGGAGGAUUCCUCACGGAGACACCCUUCAGGAUCUUCUGGCCGAGCCUGUUGCUAGAGAGGAUGUUUCUCUGCUAGUCGCUCUGUUGCUGGAGCUGGUGAAAGAGUUUCAUUCCUGUCGAGUGGUUCACGGAGGCCUGAAGCCAGAGUCGCUGUACUUUUACCACAGCGGCAUCACAGCACUAGAUUUCUCAAACUCGGUGGAUCUGCAGCUCCAGACUGACGUCACAACAGCACAAGCUCUUCCUUCUGCUCAGAAAUACAUACAGCAGGGUCUCCUGUCGCCUUCUGCCUCACCUUAUCAGGUCGAUCUGAUCGGCGUUGCAGAAAUCGUUCACAUGCUGCUGUUUAAUCGGACGAUGAAAGUGACGCAGGAAAACUCGGCCUGGAGUUUGGAUGAAGGAUCUGGAUCUCAGCACAGCAUCCCCGUCGAGCCUUUAUGGAAGCAGUUUUUCCACAUGAUUCUGAAUCCAGAGGAAAAGUCUUCAGAGCUGCUUUUGUCCGUGCUCAUCGCUAACGUGAGGAACAACUUGUGAAGUCAAGCUGCACUCAUUUGUUGUAAAAUAAUGCCAUUUGUUAAAGAACAGCUCCGAUUAUGAAUUGGUGGCUAUGGUAUUAAUGUUAUAUAUUGCUUUUUACACAUUAAUAAACUAUUUUC